AUGCCAGAAGAUGGUCCUGAACUUCAUCCCGCUAUCGAAGCUUUACAAGCAUUGAAAUGGGACGAUGAAGAUGAUACACCUUUAGGUAGUAAAACUGAAGAAAAAUUGAAAGAAUUAUAUGCUGAUGUUGUAUAUCGUUAUUCCAUCUAUAAUAAAAGCAAAGAUCAUGUUACAACAAAUUCCAAAAAUUAUUUAAAUAUAAAUAUAAUGCAAGUAAGAUUACUUGAUGCAUUCCUCCAGUAUAUGAAGAAUAUUGAUGGUCAACAAGAUGUAUCACUUGGUGAUGUUAAAGUUCAAUUACUUGAUAAUAUUCAAGAUGAAUCACCAAGUGUUAAAAAAAUUCAGGAAUCUACUGAUGAUCAACUUGAACAUGAUGGUGAUAGAGAUAAUAAUAUAAAAGGUGUUGAUGAAGAUCAAUCUAAUGCUGAAACUACAUUAUAUUGUCCAAAUUGUAAAAGUGUUAUUGAAGAACAAGCUCCUGAAGAUAGUCCACCACGUGUUAAAACAAAAUCAAAAUUAUAUUUUUGCUACGAAUGUGAAUAUGUGAUGGAAGUCGAUGAUUGA